AUGCAUGCACAUACGCACGAAGGCGAGGACUUCUCAGUGGCGGCGGACGCGUUCUGCCGGCGCUACAUCCUGCGGGGCAUCCCCUCCCUUUUCUCCGCUCUGCGACCGCUGUACAGUGACCCCGCGAAGGUCGAGCUGCUGACUCAGCUGCUAGCGUCCUACGAGUCAUCACUGCGGGAGACGGGCGCCCUACCCCCUCGGCUCGACGGCGGCCCCGACGACCGCGGUGCGGCGCCCCAGCAGCAGCAGCAGCAGAACGGCGGCGGCGACGCGGCCGCGAACGGCGGCGUCAAGGGCAGCGGCGGCGGCGGCGGCGGCGCGUCAGGGCUGCGGCCGAUCGAGCUCAGCGAAGCGCAGCGGCGCGCGGACGAGCAGGAGCGCGACCAGCUGGCGUGGGUGCUGCACGCGCUGUCGCAGCACCGCAGCUGGCUUGGGGACGCGGAGGGCGCGCUGGCGGCGAGCGGGGAGGCGCUGGAGCGCGCCCCGGAUGUGGUGGAGCUUCACUCGGCGCGGGGGGCCAUCCUGGCGGCGGCCGGAGACGUGGAGGGUGCGCGCCGGGGGCGAGGCGGGGCCGGGGUCGGCGCGCGCGGGUUGUUCCGGGCUGCCUGCUGCUAG